CAAUUACUUUCUUCGAGGCAGAACGUUCUCAAUAUGGCUGCUACUGUAUAGUAAAGGCUCCAAAAUAGGUGCAUUUGUAACCUAGAGAAAAACACAAUUCUGAAAGGAAAUCUGCAACGACCUGAAAAUAACCAAGGACCUCUACGUGAAUGUUGUGAAGAGGAUCCAUGUGUCGCACCUGAGCAAUAUUUAAUCCUCAAAACAAAAACCCCAGACUCUAGAGUUCCCUGCUUCACCCUGCUGGUCCCUGUAGGUGUGGACGGGCCUCCUGUCACACUGGCAGAGGAGGCGGGGCAGGAGGUGCUGCCAGGUGGGUGACCAAGGCUGCACCCACCUGCCUUCUCCAUCUUCCUCCGUUCGUACCUGAACCACUUGAUUUACAACUUUCUCAGGAGGUGGGCUGAGAGGGAUCCAGCCAAGAGCCUCAAGCAUCUGACAGGGCUCUGCCAGGUGGCGUUGGCUGGUUGAGGAGCAGAGCAUGUUGAGUGGCUGUAGUUGCCAUGGAGCCGCAGGAUAAGAAGCAGGAGGGGGAUGCUGUGACCCUGGGCCUGUCCACUGUCCAGGCUCUGGUGAAGCUCCGGGACCAGCUCAGCAACCUGCUGGAGCAACACCAGAGGGCUACACACAGACGAGCGUCUGUGCAGGAACAGUGGGUGAAUAGCUUCCUUUACCAUGGCAACCGUCACUCCUGCCUUCAUUGGCCAGGAGCUGCUCUCACUCUACUGGUGGUGCUGGGACUCUUCUGUUGCCAUGGUAGCCAGCCAAAGGGCAGUUCUGGUAUAGAGCUGGUGAAUGCUGCUGCCCUCCUUCUCCUCUUCCUGCUGAACCUGCUGCUGGUUGGACGUCAGGAGAGGCUUAAGAGGAGUGAGAUGGUCCGACGCCUCAAGGGCAUUAUAACACAGCUCAGUGACUAUCUGUUAGGGUGUGUGGGUGAAGUGCGGUGGUCUCAGUCAUUGUACCCUGACCUGUACACACCCUCGUCCCCGUCGUGGUCCCUUCACUGGACCUACCGUGACUCCCAGCUGGUUAAUCUGCCUGUUAGUCUGCUGGUGGAAGGAGACAUCAUCGCUCUGAGACCUGGUCAGGAGGCAUUUGCAUCACUUCGAGGCAUUAAGGAUGAUGAGCACAUUGUGUUGGAGCCAGGAGAUUUAUUCCCCCCAUUCUCCCCUCCCCCUUCCCCACGAGCCAAUGAAAAGAGAGGACCCCAGAACCCCCAGCAACACCGCCUCUUCAGAGUGGUCAGAACUCCAGUAUUGGACAUAGUCAGGAACAGUUUGGAGUUGGCACUGUCUCGGCCAAUCACAGUACUAGAUAAUGAGAGGUUUACAGUGCAGUCAGUCAUCACCAAGCUUGUCUGUCCUGUGGUGGUGGUGGCGUUCCUGCUAGUGAACACUAUCCGCUAUUUUUGUAAGGCACCCAACCUCACCCCUGCCUGCUACAAUUUUUUUCAACUUCAGUUGAUGGGUGUUUUAGCCAUCUUGCCCCUGCUUUUCCCUGUCAUGUGGGUGCUGGUGAACGCCUUUGGAGAGGCCAGGGUCCUCGCAGAGUUCAGCCGGGUGUCACCAGCUGGUCUGCUUGCUAAGUUCUCUGAGGACACUCUAAGCAGCUACACCGAAGUGGUUUCCUCCCAGGAAAUGCUGCGUUGUGUGUGGCGACACCUGAUUGGCGUCUUAAAGGGAGAGUCUCAGACACUCUGCUACACUUCCAGCCUUUUACACACUCUCGGAUCUGUCACCGUGCUGUGUUGUGUGGACAAACAGGGUAUCCUGUCAUGGCCUAAUCCUAGUCCAGAGACCGUGCUGUUCUUCAGUGGACGGGUCGAACCACCUCACAACAGCCAGGAUGAUCUCAGAGAUGACCUGUCUGUCAACUCCUACUGCCGAAUGGAGACAGAUGAUGACAGAGAUGAGGCCCAGGAGGUGCAGGCUCUGCUCUGUCUCCCAGCAGAGUCCUCCACCCAGCCGGGGGAGGGGCCCGAGCUGAGCGAGACCUCACAUGACACUGUUCGCUCAUCUGACACGCUCCGGCUUCGGUGCUCCUGCCAGCCUGCACACAGUCGCACCAAACAUCACUCCGGAUCCAACGUGAGCUUCAGCCACGACACUGAGGGAGGCGAGGACGACCAGGCCCAGGACUUUGCCAUGGGCUGUCCAGAGCUGGAGGCUGAGGAUUUUGUAUGUGACUACCACCUGGAGAUGCUGAGCCUGUCACAGGACCAGCAAAAUCCAGCCAGCAUCCAGUUUGAUGACCUUUCAUGGCAGUGUCAUCUGCCCUCCCUCAAACCACUGGGCCUCAACAUCAUGCUGAACCUCUGUAAUGCCAGCGUUACCCAGCAGCUCUGCCGCUUCUCUGACCACCUUUCCAACCUCGCUCUGCAGGAGAGCCACGGCACUGUACUGCCUGUCUACGUACCCUGGGGGCUCUGUGAGCUCUCCAGGCUCAUAGGGUUCACGCCUGGUGCAAGAGAGCUGUUUAAGCAGGAGAACCACUUGGCUCUGUACCAGCUGCCAUCUGGAGAGAAAACCAAGGAGCUCACCUCCCGCCACCUUCAUUACUUCAUCAAACGCCAACCUCCUAUGUCCCACCUUAUCUCUCUGUUUGUACGAGACUCCUCCUCCAAUAACAUCCAGAUGCUGUCACACGGCUCGGCUGACCUUAUCCUGGAGGCCUGCACCGAUUUCUGGGAUGGAACUGAUAUCUACCCCCUAUCAGGCUCAGACAGAAAGAAGGUUCUGGACUUCUACCAGCGUGCCUGUCUGUCAGGAUACUGCUCAGCCUUUGCCUACAAACCCAUGCAAGUAUCGUUAUCCAGCCAACUGAAUGGGAAGUGUGUAGAGCUGGCCCCUGGUCCAUGCCUCUUCUCUGGAGUGGAGCUACCUUCCACCACUCCCAUCAAACACAACUCCUGUAGGAACAGCUGGAGCUCAGAUGAGGGUAUAGGUGAGGGGGUAGAGCGUGAAGACUGUGUCCAGGCCUUGAGUGGGCAGAUCUUCAUGGGAAUGGUGUCGUCCCAGUUCCAGGCGAGGCUGGACACAGUCCGUCUUAUCGAUGCCCUGGUCACAGCUUGCAUCCGCUUUGUUUACUUUUCUAUGGAGGACGAGCUCCGCAGCAAGGUUUUUGCUGAGAAGAUGGGUUUAGAGACAGGCUGGAACUGCCACAUUUCUCUGACUCCAAACGGAGACAGUCCCUGUGAUGGAGCUCCAUCCAGCCCCAGUCAUGGCUCCAUGCAUGAAGACCUGAACCAAGAUUCUCGGGAUGAAGCAGAAGGUCCAUUGCUGCCGGAGGAGGAAGCCCACUCUGACCUAGCCAGUUUCCAGCCCACAGACAGCGAUGUUCCCAGCUUCCUGGAGGACUGCAACAGGGCAAAGCUACCUCGUGGUAUCCACCAGGUCCGUCCUCAUUUGAAGAACAUUGAUAAUGUGCCUCUUCUGGUGCCACUCUUCACUGACUGCACCCCUGACACCAUGUGUGAGAUGAUGAAGAUCAUGCAGGAGAACAGGGAGGUUACAUGCUGUCUGGGAAGUGCUGCCAAUUUCCGCAACAGCCGCCUGUUCCUACAGAGUGACCUCAGCAUCGCUCUGGACCCUCUGUACCCAUCUCAGUGUUCAUGGGAGACAUUUGGCUAUGCCACCGGUGGAGGCUUUAAUGGAGAAGUUGAAGGUCUGUCUCCUCUGAGGCUCUCGGGACAGCUCAACAGUCUGGGCUGCUCUGUCACCUUCCACCAAGGAGAGAGCGUCAGCAUGGUCAAGCUAAUAGAGCAGGCACGACACACAACCUAUGGCAUCCGCAAAUGCUUCCUCUUCCUGCUGCAGUGCCAGCUCAGUCUGGUCAUCAUCCAGUUCUUGGCCUGUCUGGCUCAGCUUCCUCCUCCAAUGAACACCACUGACAUCCUCUGGCUGUCCUGCUUCAGUUGCCCACUUCUAAGUGUGUCACUUUUGGGGAAGCCUCCAGACAGUUCAGUCAUGGCAGUUGCCACAGGAAAGAACCUCGAUGCCAUUCCAAGAAAGACCCAGAACUACUUCCUUGGCUGUUUCCUGUUGAAGUUUGGUCUGACAAUGUGUGCCUACCUGUUGGCCUUUGGGUUUACACUGGAGCAGGUCUGCUUCAUUAGCAGAAACUCCACCUUAACUAACAACACCUGCCUAUUCAUACCCAGCUCUUCAGACGAGGCUCCGCAGUGGUUCAGUGAGUUGUCAAAUGGCCUACUGCUGACUCAGAAGGUCAUGGCAGGAUUCCUUGUCUUACACACAGUGGUGAUCUCCCUCAGUUACGUCCACCGCUCUCAGCCUCUGUGGAGAAAGAGUCCAUUCAGCAAUACCUGGUGGUGUCUCACUGUACCUGUGGUUCUGCUCAGCCAGAUUGUUCAGGCCUCAGUAGAUUACCAGUUGUGGCGUGACCAGGCCAGCCUCCUGACCUUUAACCUGGGUGACAUACCGCUGCUAGCUUGGUUGCUGGUCUCUCUGUCCCCACUGCUGGUGGUGGUGGUCAAUGAAGUGGUGAAGCUACACGAGAUACGCGUACGAGUUCGCUACCAGAAGAGACAGAAGCUGCAGUUUGAAACAAAGCUGGGAAUGAACUCUCCAUUCUGAUGCCUUCCCUCUGAUGACGUUGGUGUCCAGGCAGUACUGGGAGCCAGUCAGACCCUUCUGGAAAAACCAGGGUGCAGACACUGUAGUGCCCUACUUCAGCCCAACAGCACUGCAAUCAUCAGGUGGAGCGGAUAUCAACCAAAUUUUACGGUGGGAGCUUCAUGGCACAAGCUCCUGUCAUUUAUCUGAAGGGCAGGGAAAAGAAAAUUCCAAAGCAUUCAUUUCCACUGAAUAGAAAAGAGCCAAAAAUAGAUAACUAUUUAUUGUUCAGUUUUAGUUAGUUUUAAAGGCAUGAGGAAUGUUUCUGAAGAAGUUUAUGCUUCCUCACUAUCACUUCUGUUCUCCAUCUCUUAAAGUCCUGUGAAUGGUUGCUCUCAUCUCUAAGAAUGCUCCAGAUUCCAAAAAAUCCACUAAAAGCUUCUUCACUUUGAAGAGAUUUUGUUGUGAAGUUCAUUUUAGUGUCAUUCAGUUUGACACAUUGCAUUGUGGCAUAUCAUGAGACCAGUCCAGCCUUCAUUCGUUUUAACAUAGAAUCAAAGUUUUUAUUUGAAAGAAAAGCACAUAAGGUUAAAAAGAAAGGUUACCAGUAACUACGGA